GUAUAUUACCAGCAAGAUCACAACCAGGUUCAAUCUGUGCUCUUUGUGUUUGUCUGCGUUUCAAGCUUGUGAUUUGACCUCAGCACACCAGCAGUUAGAAGGUUAUAUGGCCUGCCUCUGUGUCUUUAAAGGUUGUAUAUUAACAACGUGAUGUGGUAAGGACAGAUGAGUGCCUACUUAGAGGAAGUGUGAAUCUGAGAAGCGAAAGACUCAGAGGAGAAAACAGAAGAGGACUUGGGCACGGGAUAUUAUUUGUGUAAAUGAAACCUUUCAGUGAGUCUUUGGUGGAUUAGACAGAAUUUUAUUUCUGGAGGUCUUGGAGUGUGUGGUGACUUUAUUGUGCUGUUGACGCACUGGACUCUGGAGUAGGAAAGGUGGAAAAAGCACUGAAAGCCUUCGUUAGACCAUGGACUCUAAUUGUUAGCUCAGGAAUAUAAAUACUGCAAACUUCUGAGCUGAGAAUGGGCCCGGAUCACUGGUGGCUGUGUUUGUGCACCUUGGUGAUUCUUGCUGCUUCAUGUCGGGUCAAUGGACAGUGUCCAAAUGGGACUACGAUCAAUGUGAUCCUGCUGAAAGACAACACGUCUCUAUGGAGCCUUGAUUAUGUGGAGGGACAAAUACUGAAGGCCAUAGAGAUGGAUUCUGCCAUUCAUGCUGGAGACGACACGAAGAUUAAUCUCAAACCCAGCUUUGACGGGUUUGACACAAGCAUUUUUAAACAUAAAGGCUGCUAUGGAAGCACGUGCGAGGGAGUGGAAAUGCUAAAAAACCUGACGAGAUCAGGCAGGCUGGGAUGUGCUGUGCUUGGGCCCACCUGCACCUAUGCUGCUUUCCAAAUGGUUGAUCUGGAAAAAGGUCUGAAGCUCAGCACACCCAUCAUCUCAGCGGGCAGCUUCGGUCUCUCCUGUGACAACACUCACAACCUACAGCGCCUCUUGCCGCCAGCACGCAAGGUCUCAGACUUCUUCAUCGAAUUCUGGAAAAGCCGUAACAAGCUCAAACCUAAGUGGGAGACAGCCUAUUUAUACAAGAAACAGAACAACACAGAGGACUGCUUUUGGUAUAUAAAUGCACUGGAUUCACACUUGAGCCAGUUUGCCCUAAAAAUUCAGAGAACGGUUCUGCGCAGACCAGAAGAACUGAACACAGUACUUACAUCACCCAAAAACAGGACCAGCAACCUGUUCAUCAUGUGUGGAUCACCAAAGGAUUUAGCGGAGUUGAAAAAUGGCUCUAGAGAGGCAGACAGCAGUGAUAUAGCCUUCAUCCUUAUUGAUCUUUACAAUGAUGAAUACUACACCAACACAUCGUCAUUUCCAUUCAUGAAGAAUGUGUUGGUAGUGACGAUGCCCAACUCCAGGAAUUACACAAUCAACACAAACCUGACAGACAACAACAUAAUGAAUGACUACAUAGCUGCAUACCAUGAUUCAGUGCUGCUGAUAGGUCGUGUAAUGCGGGAAAUUGCCCAACAACCUAUGUCAGAGAUCCAGCAGACGCAGUAUACCAACGUGGCUUACUUCAGGAACACCUCCUUUGAUGGCAUUGCUGGAAACUACAGACUGGACAAGCAUGGAGACAGAGACGUAACUCUCUCAAUCAUUUACACCACUACUGACAACAAGUAUCGAAUUUUAUUCACAUUCGACACUGAGCACAAAAUCACUGAAGUGAUUGAGACAAACCCUUCCUUCCACUGGGGACAAAGACUUCCUGACUCCAUACCAGACGGAGGCCCUGCAAUUCAUGACAUCAUUGUCAUUGUGUUGGCUGUCACAGUGGUUGUCGUGGCCACCAUCGCCUUCAUUUUCUACAGACAGAACAGGAGAGAUCGACUGCUGAGGAAACGCUGGUCUCACAUCAGCUCUCAUCUCAUCACACUGCUGGAGAACAACCAACUAAACGUCAUCUCUCUUAAGAUUGAAGAUGAGAGGAAAAAAUUCCCUAUCCGCCGUGCACUCUACGAUAAGAAGAUUGUGAUUCUGAAGGAGCUCAAGCACUCAGACGGGAACUUCGAUGAGACCCAGAGGAUAGACCUGAACGCGCUCCUGCAAAUCGACUAUUACAAUCUCACAAAGUUUUAUGGCACAGUGAAGUUUGAUCAGGGUGUGUUUGGAGUGUUUGAGUAUGGAGAGCGGGGAUCACUCAGGUAUGUGCUGAACGACAAGGUUUCGUACCCAGAAGAGACCUUCAUGGACUGGGAGUUCAAGAUCUCCGUCAUGUACGACAUCGCUAAGGGCAUGUCCUACCUUCAUACUAGUGACAUUCAGGUGCACGGUCGACUCAAGUCCACCAACUGUGUGGUGGACAAUCGCAUGGUGGUGAAGAUCACUGACUUUGGCUGCAACAGCUUCCUCAGCCCUGGCGAAGACUUGUGGACAGCCCCUGAGCAUCUGAGGAAACAGGGCACCUCGCAGAAAGGAGACGUCUACAGCUUUGCCAUCAUCGCUCAGGAGAUUGUUCUCAGAAAGUGCACCUUCUACACUGAGUGCUGCUCUGAACGAGCAGAAAAGCUGUCCAAGGUCAUCAUGUCCUACUUUAGACCUGAUCUUGACUUUGAGACGGCUUCAGAGAAAGAAUUAGAGGUGUACAUGCUGAUAAAAACCUGUUGGGAGGAGGAUCCAGAAAAAAGACCUGACUUUAAGAGGGUAGAAAACUGUCUGGGGAAAAUCAUCAGUAAAAUUCAUAACCAGGACAAUGAGAGCUACAUGGAUAACAUGAUCAGACGGCUGCAGAGUUAUUCCAGAAACUUGGAGUACCUGGUGGAAGCGAGAACGGUUCUCUACAAAGCUGAGAGAGACCGCGCCGACCUCCUCAACUUCAUGCUACUUCCUCGCCCAGUGGUGAAAAGCCUGAAGGAGACUGGUGCAGUGGAGCCAGAGCUGUACGAGGAGGUGACAAUAUAUUUCAGUGACAUAGUGGGUUUCACCACUCUUUGCCAGUACAGCACACCCAUGGAGGUUGUGGACAUGCUCAAUGACAUCUACAAGGGCUUUGACAGCAUCGUCGACCACCACGAUGUUUAUAAGGUGGAGACGAUAGGUGAUGCCUACAUGGUGGCCUCUGGUCUGCCAAGGCGAAACGGGAACAGACACGCGGUGGAUAUCUGCCGCAUGGCCUUGGACAUCUUGGCGUUCAUGGGCACCUUCCAGCUCCGACAUCUGCCUGGCAUCCCUGUGUGGAUACGCAUCGGUGUACACUCAGGUCCGUGUGCAGCAGGUGUUGUGGGGCUAAAGAUGCCCAGGUAUUGUUUAUUUGGAGACACAGUCAACACGGCAUCUCGCAUGGAGUCCACAGGCCACCCCCUGCGGAUCCACGUCAGUCAGCCUACUAUAAAUAUCCUGCAGAGGACAGACUGCAAGUUUGAGUAUGAGAUCAGAGGAGAAACAUAUCUGAAGGGUAAAGGAAUGGAGACAACCUACUGGUUAACAGGUGAGAAGGGUGAGGACUACGACCUCCCACAUCCACCCACAACAGAGAACGUCCAGCGGCUCCAGCAGGACCUUGCCAACAUGAUCCUGAUGUGUCUGGAGCACCGAUCCCGAGCGUCUGUCCGGAGAAAGCAGCCGUUUUUGAGUCAUGUAAAGGAGAAAGACAAGGACCAGGAAUCAGAGGCGGAGUCUGAGAGUGACCAUCCUGAGUACCUGCAUCUGGCCACAGUGGAUAACACCCUCAGUACCUUCCUGUAGGACAAACCUGCCGUAGAGUACGUCACUGUCAAACUCUGACUCUAUGUUAUGACACUAUUCAAUAAGAGUGGUAAAAAUAUCCAGUAGAUAGAGCUGCACAGGG